UGGUAAUCGGGGGAUGGGAAGCUCGUGUUUACUAUCAGAAUUUUUUCUCUCGACAUCAUGCAAGCCUUAUGUUUGGUGAGAACUAGACAUACAAAUUCUGCCAGCAGUUAGUUGUCAUAAAGGAAUUACACUCACGACAAAAUGGUUGAGCCAAUCUUUGACUAUCAGUUCAGAAUCAUUAUAAUUGGAAACAGUACUGUUGGCAAAAGUUCACUGCUCAAGUAUUUUACUGAUGGGAGAUUUGCAGAGGUCUCUGACCCUACAGUGGGGGUUGAUUUCUUCGCACGAUUAUUGCAGGUUGAAGAUGGUACAAGGAUAAAACUGCAAUUAUGGGAUACCGCAGGCCAAGAAAGAUUUCGAUCAAUCACCAAAUCUUACUUCAGAAAUUCGGUUGGAGUUCUUUUAGUCUUUGACAUUUGCUGCAGAAAAAGUUUUGAAAAUGUUCCUGCCUGGAUGAAUGAAGCCAAAAUGCAUAUUGAGCCACACAGAGCAGUUUUUAUCCUUGUUGGAUGUAAACUGGAUUUGAAAGAGCAAAGAGAAGUUUCCAGUGAAGAAGCUGAAAGGUUUGCUAAUUUCAAUGAAAUGCCAUUUGUUGAAACCUCUGCCAAAACAGGUGAAAAUGUUGAAGAAGCGUUCCGUAUUGUAGGCCAAGAAAUUUACAACCGCGUUCAAUUAGGGGAAUAUUCAAUUCACGACGGCUGGGACGGUGUUAAAGCCGGUUACCGACGAGCGGGCCGAGAUUACGGUCUUGUAGAAGCCGAAGCUGCUAAGACUUCAUGUUGCUGAAUGAAUCCGUUCUUCCUGAGUACCCCUUUUUUAGACCUUGUACAUUUACAUAUGACAUGACAAUUUUCAACAUUAUUCUAUAGCAAACUUGUACAGUAAAUUUAACCAACGACUGCAUAGGCUCAAUCUUAUUUUGAUGUUCACCUUUACCAUUAUUCAUAGUGGAGAUGCUCCUCAGCAAGAUUCUAAUUGCUAUUAUAAUUACGUGAUCACGUUUCGUCCUCAACCUGUAGCAUUUGAAUCCCUUAUUAUGCUUCGUGAUUCUUCUUAAAAGUGUGCGAGACCUUAAUAGUACGCCUCAAUGACGUACAAAAUAUAAAAUUGAUAUUGGA